GUCCCCGAUCACCUUAUGUGCUUUUCUUCGAAGCUCUGCUUCUUGACUUGGUUGGCUGGGUUGCGUUGCGUGUGAGCAAGGGAUUCGUCUGAUGGAUGCGCAGGGAGCUAGUCACCUACAUGGAUGGUAUGUAGGAGGAGAAGGAGAUUCUGUCAACGAGCUAGGGAUUGGAUCUUUUCUUCUUUUGGCGAGAGGAUUUGAAAUUUCUUAAAUUUGUAAUUGAAAACCAAAAAUGCCAUAUUGAUAUUGGGAGGAAGAGUUUUUUUUUUUUUAAAAUGGGUGCAAAAAUGAGUUGGAAAUUGGAAAGUUUUAAUUUUAUUUUUUAAUUAAUUUUUUAAUUGCCACUUUACUUAGUUAACGGUCAAUUGUCAGCGUUGACUACCACAUCAGCCAAAGUUAACGGAGACUAACGGAGAGUGACCAAAUUUGAACUGUUGAACUAAUUUAAGUGACUACGGAUAGAAUAAAGUAAUUUUAGUGACUAACGUAAAAUUUACUAGUAAUUCAAGUGAUGAAACUUACCUUUUACCCAUAAUAAUAAAGGAGAGCCUGAAAUUGAUUGAACUUCAUUCCUUUGCCCAAGUCUAGUUGGACAUCCCCUAAAAAAAAAAGUCUAGUUGGACACGAUGCCCAUAAAUAGGAUAUUAAAUUCCAUAAUUCAUCCGUUGCUAUCUUCGAGUGCAGCCAAGAUGCUCAUACGGCUAUAUCUAUGAAUGAUUAGACUCGACAGAGACAGUGUUUUCCUACGUUCAGUCUCCUUUCAUUUGGCCUGCUUGCCCUUCCCCAAGUACACGCCCAUUUCCUCUCUCCUUCUUCUUCUUUCUUCUCUUCCUCCUUCGUCUUCCUCGAUUGUCCGCAGAAGCAGCAGAAUAGAUCUAGGGGGUUCAAGUUAUGUCAUAAGUGGGAAGAGCAGUGAGCUGCUGCAGUGGUCAUUCUGGGAGACACGGCUAAAUAGACUGAAAGCCAACAACAAACAAGAUGGGAAUGAUCAAACUCAAUGAAAGAAGGGUGAGUCCUGAGAUUAUGGUGGAACCAACAGUUGCUGCUGCUGCUGCUGACGACUUGGACUCCAGCAGCAAGGAGGAGAGUUUUCAGGACUCUCGAGCUUAUUUGGCUUCAGAUUCAGAGGAUGAUUACUACAGUGUCAAAGGUACUCCAAGUGUGGCUUCAAGCAGGCCGGGAACUCCCCAGAAAAGGAGAAUAUGCAUCAAGAAUAUAUACUACCGUUCGAUGCUGGAGCGCAGCAAAAUCCAUAUGAUUCCACCACCACCAAGAACAACAACAACAACAAGAGCAACAACAAUUGGCCACGUCGAAGCACCCGCACCACCAGCAAGGGAUCAGAAGCCCCUCAUUGAAUUCUUCACAGAUCCUUACUGGAUCGAAGAGAUCAGCACUGAUGGAGACGUCAGUGGUGGGGCUCAUCCAACAAUCACCACCACCAGUAAGCAGCUGAAGCUGGUGGAGUUCCUUCAAGACAGUUUCUGGAAGAAGGAAUUUUUCCUAGCUCCAUCCCCACAUUCCAGGAAAGCAGCAGCAGCAUCAUCUUCUUCCCCUCUCCCAGGUGGUGCUGUUGUGGUCACAGGUCUGAAAUCUGGGAACAAGAGGGUUCAGAAUGAUGGAUCAUCAUCUAAAUCUGCUAAGGAUGAUCACGACCAGCGCCAUGGCAGCAGCUGCUGCUUUCCCAGCUUUGCACCCAGGUUCUGGUCCAAGAAGAGAAAGACCAAGGUUGCCCCUUAAAAGUUAAAAGUGGCAACGAACUAAAAAGCUGCCUGCAUACACCACCAAUUUUCUGCUGCUGCUGCUUCUUCUGUUCUUUUUUCCGAUUCAUUCGCUGAGUUAUGGGUGUUUUUUUUUUCUGUUCCUUUUUUGUGCUGGAACUUCCAUUGCUAUCAUUUGUUGAUUUGGGCAAAAACGUUCUUUCUUUUUUUUUUUUUUUUUUUCUUCUUCUUUUGAUACUGCACUAUUAUUAUGACUUCCUCUUCCUUUUCUUUUGAUACUGAACUAUUAUUAUGACUUCCUCGCCAUUUAUCAUGGGAGCAGAAGAAAAAAAAAACACAUUUGUUUUGUGCUUCUUUUUAAACUUAGCAUUCCUAGACAUACCGGUCGAUUGCUGCAUCGAAACAGGAAAGGGAAAAGAAAGCAUAAACAGAGGAAAUGAUG